AUGGAGACUGCUAGGCUGAGAUUGCUCCUGGGAAUCUUCAUCUUCUGCUCACUAAGCACCCUGAUCCUGAGUGGGAUCGAUGGAAUUCUUGAGUUCAUCUACAGAUCCUCCAAAGAUCCCUGCGCCUUGGAGGUGCGCCCGGGCAGCUGUGACGAAGUACAGCGCAGAUACUUCUACAACAAAACCGCCAAGGCCUGCGGGAGCUUUCUCUUCACUGGCUGCGGUGGCAACCUCAACAACUUCAAGAUCAAAAUGGAAUGUGAGGUCGCUUGCCUGGAAGAGCACCAGGGACGGUAA